GGUCAUUGGGUCAAGGUCACAGUCUCUCUCCCCCACCGGCUCCGCCCGUAACCCGUUGCGCUAAUCCCCGCCCGAGUCUUUGGCUGUACACGAGUAGUAGAACGAGCUUAUAAUAAAAUCGCCGACUCGGCCGAGUUGUACGGUUGGUCUGACAGUUGAGACAGCUUUUUCUCGGAAACCUCUUGUCUUUCUCUCUGACUCUCUCCCUCCUUUGGCUUCGCAGAUUUUCUUUCUCUGAAGAAAGAAGAAGAAGAGAAAGCGCGUUAGACCUGGCCAUGGACUACCAAGCUUCGUCUCUGGCUUUCCCUAAGAAGCUCUCUAACGGCCACAGCUUCUCCGGAAACACCAUACACGACGGCGUUUUCGCUGCUCCGCCGAAGUUUAGCGUUCCUAAUUUCUCGACUGGCGUCGAAGACUACCGCGAGAUUUUUGGUGGCUCUGAAACGUCUCUAGGCUCAUCGAUUCCUUUCCUUGAAGUUCCGGAGCUUAAUGAGCCGAAGAUUUCGGUCGAUGUUCGGAGCUCGAACCUUGACUACUCUAAUAUUUUCGGUGGUUUUGGAGAUUCAAAUUUCGCAGUGCCUUACGAGGAAUUUUCUCGCGAAACAAACAAAAGGAAAAAAUCUGAGCGAGCACGGACACCAGCUCAAAGAUUAUCGCCUCCAGAGGCUGCAAAGGAAUCUAGUAUCACCGAGUUGAAUCAUGAUAUGGCAGGGGAAACAGUGCAUCAAGUCAAGAAAUUCAACGUCUCAUACAAUAAAAUCAACAAUGGCAAUGCAAAUGGUACACGUGGGACAAAUGGAACGACUUAUAUAGCUCAGCUCCAUGCUGUUCGAGGCUAUGCACGUUUAAUUGAUGAAGAUGAUAAGCCAGUAUUCUCAGAGGUAAAUGGCACUGUCCCAAAAGCUAAUGUCUGUGAGGGGAUAACAGAAGGAAAUAAUGUCACUAGAGUCAAGAGAGAUGUCCCAGCAGGAGAGACUGGAAAACAGACUUCUGUUAGUGGUGCUGAAUUUCAAAAUAAUUCUAACUGGUUUAAGUCUCAUUCAAUGGAUAAGUCAUUUAACAAAGAUGAAGUUCGACCGGAAACUCUUUGUUCAAAACCAAAAGUAAAACAUUGUUCAAGCCUGCCACCUUACAUUAACUUAGACAAGGCUGAAGGAAUUUUUAGGACUGAUACUGCUGAAGGUUCUUCUGGUGUUCAUUCACCCCCAUUUUUCUAUGAGGAAAUAGACAAGAAUUCAGUUGCUGCUACCUCUGCAGCUGCUUUGACGAAGGCAAUAGAGGAGGCUCAAGCAAGGAUAAAAAUGGCAAAGGAGUUAAUGGAAAGAAAGAAGGCUGGUAUGCAAAAUCGAGUGAAAUUGAGUUUUAAUGAUGGAGUGAAACCUGAGGAAAGAAAGGAGGAUAAGGUUGCUUACAAAGUAAACAAAUCAAAAAAGAAGAAGAGUCAUGAACUAUGUGAAGAAGUAAAUGUUCCGUUGCAUGUUUCUCCCAGGACAAGAGAGAAGAGCCCAGUUGGACCAUUUCAAGUAACUGCAGACUUGGAAGUUCAGGAAGAAGUUGAUGGGGAAACAACACCUUGGAUGAAAACAUCAAGCCAAGUAGAUUAUAGGUGGGAGGAAGUUGAAGCAUCAGAGGCUGCAGAGCAUUUUUACGAAGUUGAGAACACAGGUGAACAGUGGUCUGCAACCAUAGAAGUGAAUAUUCCAUCGCCUGUUUCUGCUGUGACAAGAAAUCAAAAUGCAAUGGGACCAGGCAUUGAAGUUCAGGAGUUUGUUUCAACCACCAAAGAAGCAACCAGGGAAACAUUUGGUAAUAAUCUUAGAUCAAGUCAAGUGGAUCACAGACAGGAAAAUGCUGAACCAUUAGAGGCAGCAGAACAAUUUUAUGAAAUUGAGAACUCUGAUAAAAACUGGAUUAAAUCAUCAGAGUUUAAAGAUGUGAAGGAGAAGAAAGUAGAGCAGGAAGCAUUUGAGAAACCAAAACCAGCUGAAGAGGAAAAUCACCCAGAGAAACUAAAAAAUGGAAUCAGUAGACUUAAUGGAGUUAGUGGAGCAUCUGACUUUGGAGUGGGUGGUGGUAAAUCAAUGUCCGGUGUUGAUGUGUUCGAUCUUGAGAAAAUUGAUCAGAAACAAGCUGCCCAGACGAAGGGAGAAAAUGAGAAGAUAGCUCAAGCAUUAUAUGAGAGUAAUAAAUGUGAAAAAUACCCAAUAGAGUUUCAGGAGGAUGUCGAUUAUAUGAAGAGACAAUCACCAACAUGGGAUUGUGUUGGAAAGGAUAAGAAAGAAGAGGAAGCCUUGGAGCCCAAAGAAUAUGAAAAGGAACGUAUCAAUCCCAAUGGUGUAGAAGACAUUGGCCAAAGGUUCGUCAGUAGAGUUAAUGGGGAAGAGAUAAGUGGGAAGUCACUAUAUGAACUUCAUCUUGGGAAAAAAAUUGCAAACAUACUUGUCAAUGAUGGCAAAUCUGAAGGAAAUGAUAAUCUCGGAGAGACUGGAGGAAAUGAGAAGAUACUUGAAGAGGAUGCUUCACAUGAGGAAGUCAAUGAGAGCAGACAAGGAGAGACUUGUCAAAGGGUAGAGAUAGAAAGGAUGGAAGCAAAAAUCGAUCCAAGUCCAGGAGAUGAUGAGAAGGUGAAAACAACUCUAGAGGAACAAUGCAACCAGGGAAACAAUUUUGGGGCAGCUGACGAUCUAUGCCAACUGGACAAAAGUGACAACCUGAGUACAUUUCAGAAAUCUACUUUGCAUGCAGAAAAUGAUUCUGUUGAAGUAUCCGAAGAGAUAAGUGAUUCUUUCUUGGAACCAAAUGGAAGUGGGAAUAAACUUGAAUCUGUUAAAGAGAACUAUGACAUGGGGGACAGAUAUGUACCGGAAACAGAUGGCUUCUCCCAAGGUCUUGAACUCACCAAAAUAAUGAAGCCAAUGGAAGAUAAGAUGGAGAGUGCCUUUUUGGACAAAAUUGAUACAGAAAAUGUAGGUAGUUUUGACAGUAAUUUUAUCCAAAAUCCAGACGAUCAAGAUGCCUCAAAGUUUGAAUUAGUCUGCAAUUCAAGAAUGUAUGUUGAAGAAGUGGGUUCAGAAAUAGACAAAGCUGAGGAUAAAGAAUCUUUUCUUGGCAUGAGUCAGGUAGAUGACGAGAGUAACACUGAGACUGAGGGUAGUGAUGAGCAAAAAUGGGCUGAUAAUGGGAUUACUAUGAAAGCAUCUGAGUUGUCUGAUACUUCGGAAGUAGAAGGGGUAACUAUAGAGCCAAAUGAGGAGCCAAGGACAAGCUCGAGUACAGAAAAAGAUCAGGAAUAUCAUGAAGAAACCCCAAUAAGCUUAAGUGUGGAAGGGAAAGAAAAUAAUCAUCAAGAAACCCUGCCAUGCCAAAGUGUGGAAACCAAUGAGGAGAGUCAUCGAUCAACUGUCACUCUGAAAGAGAGUGAAACCAGUGGUAGUUUGCAAAAGGACAUGAAACUGGAGAAAGAACACCUAAGAAAAAUAAAUGAAGCAAAAGAAAGGGAAAGAACGAAAGAGGAGAGAAUAGCUGUUGAAAGAGCAAUCCGUGAAGCUCGUGAAAGGGCAUUUGCUGAAGCCCGGGAACGAGCUGCUGCAGGAAGAGCAGCUGCCGGAGCUCGUAAAAAGGUAACAGCUGAGGCCCGGGAAAGGGUUGGAAAGACUUCUUCAGAGCCUGAUAAGGAAGCCAAACUUAAAGCACAACGUGCUGCUGUGGAGAGAGCAACAGCUGAGGCUCGUGAGCGCGCCCUUGAAAAAGCCAUGUCUGGCAAGUUUGCUUCCGAAGCAAGAAAGCAGAAUCCACCGCAUAAAGGAUCAUGUUCUGCAAGCACUUCAAGAUACCCAAAUUCUUCAGAACAUGUUUCCAACACUGCUGAGAGAUUUGAUGGAGCCACUAAUGAAUCAGCUGAGAGGUGUAAGGCCAGGUCAGAAAGGCAUCAUAGGAUAACAGAACGUGCGGAAAAAGCUCUUGCAGAAAAGAAUAGGCGUGAUCUACUUGCACAGAAGGAGCAAGCAGAGAGACAUAGAUUAGCUGAAACUCUUGAUAUCGAGGUCAGAAGGUGGUCUGGUGGCAAGGAGGGAAAUUUACGCGCAUUGCUCUCAACACUACAAUAUAUCCUUGGACCUGAUAGUGGUUGGCAGCCAAUUCCUCUGACGGACAUCCUUACAGCUGCUGCCGUGAAGAAGGCUUACCGUAAAGCUACACUUUUCGUUCAUCCUGACAAGCUGCAGCAACGGGGUGCCAACAUUCAGCAGAAGUACACUUGUGAAAAGGUUUUUGAUCUCUUAAAGGAGGCUUGGAACAGAUUCAACGUAGAAGAACGGUAGAGUUUCUUUCCAUCGUCAUUUGGAAGAGCAGUUCCAAAACUUGGUCUGAAUAGCAACAUUUUCAUAUUGUUGGCAUUCUUUCACCAAUCUUUUUCAGCUUUAGGAUUUAGGCUGUAAUUUAAGCGGGAAUGGGGCUUCUAUUAUUUGUCAUAGGAUAGUCUUGACCAUGUUACAUGAAAUAUAUAUAUAUAUAUAUAUAUAUUAUUGAUGCGUCA